UAAAGAGACAGCUAAAAAUUGGAAGCAUUAGUUAACAUAACAUACUUAAAAGCAGCUAAUGCCUGCUGCACUUCUUAACUACUCCUACAUCAUAUUCAUUUCCCACCUGUACUUUGCAAAAUUAAAUUUAAAUCUCUCCCUUUCAAGAAAUUCUGUACUUGGCUCUGUUUUCUUGCCAAAAAAGUUUGAUUUUUAUCGAGAUCGUUUAGCUGGAAUUUGUAGUUUGAAGAAAGUGAUCAUGGUGAUGUUUACAGGGACAACACAGAAGUGUAAGGCAUGUGAGAAGACUGUGUAUGUGAUGGAUGAGCUCACUGCUGAUAAUAAAGUCUAUCACAAGGCUUGUUUUAGAUGUCACCACUGCAAGGCUACCCUCAAGCUUUUUAAUUAUUCUUCUUUUGAGGGUGUGCUAUACUGCAAGCCUCAUUUUGAUCAACUUUUCAAGAUGACAGGCAGCUUAGAUAAGAGUUUCGAAGGAGCUCCAAAAAUGACAAAAGUUGAUAGAUCUGCAGAGCAGGGCCAGAACAACAAAAGAGUCUUGAGUAUGUUUGGAGGAACUCAGGAAAAAUGUACUGCUUGCAUUAAAACUGUUUACCUUAUCGAAAAGGUGGUGGUUGAUGGCACAGCAUAUCAUAGGGCUUGUUUCAAGUGCAGCCAUGGAGGCUGUGUUAUAAGUCCAUCAAAUUUUGUUGCUCAUGAGCAUCAAAUAUAUUGUAGGCACCAUCACUCGCAGCUCUUCAAGGCAAAGGGAAACUUCAGUCAAUUGGUUAAACAGAAUCAAGUUAAAGAAGUCGUCAAACAGGAUCGAGUUACAGAGUUGACUGACAACACAGCAAUGGCGUAAUGGUGCUGCUAAACCUCCGAAGAUUUGCAGGAUGAUAUCACAUCAAACUGAGCAGCUACACCAGAAUCCUGUGCAAAUGUUGGAAGACCCAAGUAAAGAGUUUUUUUCUGUAUUAAUAAAUAUAGAUAAUUUAUAAUAGGAUAUAUUCAGUGUUAUUUCUAAAUAGGUAAAAGGUUCCUUGUCCUGCAUAUGAUGCUGGUUGAACCUGAAAAUUUGCUGUCAUUUGUUUAUUAAGCUAUGUUUCGUUUGGUAUAUAUCUGGCUGAAGUUGUUAUUGGACA